AUGGCCUUGGCGGUGAACCUGUGUGCCACGGCGACUACUCUGGUGCUGGAGGACUUCGACGCCAAGUUCCUCAGCCUUGUCAAUGUGCGAAAUGGAAUGAGCCUGCAUGAUUGCCUUAGGAAAGCUCUCAAGGUGCGGGGCCUCCAGCCAGAGUGCUGUGCUGUGUUCAGACUUCUCCACGGACACAAAGGUAAAAAAGCACGUUUAGAUUGGAAUACCGAUGCUGCCUCUUUGAUUGGAGAAGAACUUCAAGUAGAUUUUCUGGAUCAUGUUCCCCUCACAACACACAACUUUGCUCGGAAGACGUUUCUGAAGCUUGCAUUCUGUGACAUUUGUCAGAAGUUCUUGCUAAAUGGGUUUCGAUGUCAGACUUGUGGCUACAAAUUUCACGAGCACUGUAGCACCAAAGUACCUACUAUGUGUGUGGACUGGAGUAACAUCAGACAGCUCUUGCUGUUUCCCAAUUCCACUAUUGGUGAUAGUGGGGUCCCAGCACUACCUUCUUUGACAAUGCGGCGGAUGCGAGAGUCUGUCUCCCGAGCACCUCCCAGUACCUACCACAGGCAUUCCACGCCCCACGCCUUCACCUUCAAUGCCUCCAGCCCCUCCUCCGAAGGCUCCCUGUCCCAGAGGCAGCGGUCCACGUCCACACCCAAUGUCCACAUGGUCAGCACCGCCCUGCCUGUGGACAGCAGGAUGAUCGAGGAUGCAAUUCGAAGUCACAGUGAAUCAGCCUCUCCUUCAGCCCUGUCCAGCAGCCCUAACAACCUGAGCCCCACAGGCUGGUCCCAGCCCAAACCCCCCGUGCCGGUGCAGAGGGAGCGGGCACCAGGAUCCGGAAUGCAGGAGAAAAACAAAAUUAGGCCUCGUGGACAGAGAGAUUCAAGCUAUUACUGGGAGAUUGAAGCCAGUGAAGUGAUGCUGUCCACUCGGAUUGGGUCGGGCUCCUUUGGCACCGUGUAUAAGGGCAAGUGGCAUGGCGAUGUUGCAGUGAAGAUCCUGAAGGUUGUCGACCCAACCCCAGAACAGUUCCAGGCGUUCAGGAACGAGGUUGCUGUGCUGCGCAAAACCCGGCAUGUGAACAUACUGCUCUUCAUGGGGUACAUGACGAAGGACAACCUGGCCAUCGUGACGCAGUGGUGCGAGGGCAGCAGUCUCUACAAACACCUGCACGUCCAGGAGACCAAAUUCCAGAUGUUCCAGCUCAUUGACAUCGCGCGGCAGACAGCCCAGGGGAUGGACUAUCUACAUGCAAAGAACAUCAUCCACAGAGACAUGAAAUCCAACAAUAUAUUUCUCCACGAAGGCCUCACGGUGAAAAUUGGAGACUUUGGUUUAGCAACGGUGAAGUCGCGCUGGAGUGGUUCUCAGCAGGUUGAGCAGCCCACUGGCUCUGUGCUAUGGAUGGCCCCUGAAGUGAUCCGAAUGCAGGAUAACAACCCGUUCAGCUUCCAGUCGGAUGUCUACUCCUACGGCAUCGUGCUGUACGAGCUGAUGACCGGGGAGCUGCCCUACUCGCACAUCAGCGACCGAGACCAGAUCAUCUUCAUGGUGGGCCGAGGGUACGCCUCACCAGAUCUCAGCAGGCUGUACAAGAACUGCCCCAAAGCCAUGAAACGGCUGGUGGCUGACUGUGUGAAGAAGGUGAAGGAGGAGAGGCCCCUCUUCCCCCAGAUCCUGUCUUCCAUUGAGCUGCUCCAACACUCUCUGCCGAAAAUCAACCGGAGUGCGUCUGAGCCUUCCCUGCACCGCGCGGCCCACACCGAGGACAUCAACUCUUGCACGCUGACCACGUCCCCGCGGCUGCCGGUCUUCUAGCUGACUUUGCACCUGUGCCCUGGCCACCCAGGGAGGAAGGAGGGAGCGGGCACUUUUCUGUCCCCUUUCUUUGGGAGCACAGUGCAUGCUUUCAGAGGAGCUGCUGCUGCUGCUGCUAAGGACCAUCUGGACAACUCACGGGGCCUUACCAUCACAGAUGUUGCCUUCUUUUCUACCUGACCCUGGAGAAGGAAGCCACUCCCAGGCUGGCCAAUCCUGCUGCUGGGC